AGCUAAAAAUAUAAAAAUUAAAUUGAAUAAUGAAGUUGUCUGUUACAUUACUUCUACCUACAGUUGGCUGUUUAGCUAUGGCUCAAUCAUUUCAAUGGGAAAGACAACCACAGUUUCCAGCAGCACCUGCAGAAAGUAAAUUCCUAUGGGCACAAAACGGACCAAAACCAACCGAAGAACCUGUCCAUGUGCUUGCAAGACAACAUGAAUAUUUGAAAUCUAAAGAGACUUCUGAGGAAUCUUUUACUUGGGAGUUUCCAGAGGAUCCUGUCGAAGAAGCAAGGCCACAGCUUUUUGAGACCAUGCCACCUUCUCACUCUUACAACAAUGUGAUGGUUCAGUGUGGGCUGAAUUCCAUUCAUGUGGAAGUCAAGCAGGAUUUAUUUGGUAUCGGUCAACCCAUCAAAACAGAAGAUCUCAACCUUGGGGGGUGCAUGGCAACGGGCAUAGAUGCUAACUCUCAGGUUGUAAUUUUUGAGUCGGAGCUAGACAGAUGUGGCAGCGUUGUAAAGAUUGCUGAGGAUACACUUGUCUACGUCUUCGUCCUCCACUACAAACCAACUGCUCUUGGCAACACUCCAAUUCUACGGACGUGGGAAGUAUCAACUUCCGUGGGGUGCCACUACCGAUUGAAAGCUUCAAAUCCCAAUACAAUGCCCUUUACCACCAUCAAGGUUGUAAGGGAGCCAUUGCAGUUCUCCCUAAAAACCAUGCUUGAUGAUUGGAAAACAGAGAGACCAACUGCUGAGUACUUCUUGGGUGACAUAAUCAAACUAGAAGCUUCUGUCAGUCAGUUCUACCACAUUCCCCUCCGUGUGUUUGUGGACCGCUGUUCUGCAACCGUUCUUCCAGACACCACUUCCUACACAAGCAAAGCCUUCAUUGAGUUCCAUGGGUGUUUGGAUGUCAAAGUGGCAGGCUUAAACUCCCGGUUCAUGCCUCGAACCCAAGAUGACAUCCUCCAGUUCCAGGUGGAAGCUUUAACCUCUUCAAAUGAAUUCAACUUGAUCUACGUCACCUGCAAGCUGAAAGCCACCAAAGCUUCUGCUCCUAUUGAUGCUUUGAAUAAGGCUUGCUCCUACUUUAAUGGGUGGUCAGAGUCCAGUGGAAUAAACAAGGCUUGUGGCUGCUGCAGCAAAGAGACUAAAUGUGGCCCAGAGGUGCAGCAUCUGCUUCAUGCACCAGGUGUGCAGUGGGAGCAGGAAGUAUCCCUUGGGCCAAUCAGCAUCAAGAACAGGUCUUUUAACAGAAGGAAAACCUGCAAUGUUGCCUGGUGGGGAAAAUGAAUACAAAAAUUACCCAUAAAUCCAUGCUCUGUCUUCAUUGAAUGCCCCAGCAUGAUUCAUGCAAAUUUGGCAAGUUAUGGAAAUUAAGGCUUGUGUGAGCUAUGUAUUUGGGGGAUUCAACAAAGCCUGACUUGUUGGCCAGUUCAGUGUGAUCAGCAUUUUGCUGUGAAAGUUCAUAAGGUUUUGUGUUGAGUAUACUAUAGAUUAUUGUUGAACAUUGUAUUGGGCUUUUUCUUGUCAUUGCUACAAGUGCAUUGCGUUUAGUGUCUGUUAAACUGAGGCUGUGACAGUUGGCACCUAAGAACAUUUAACUUGGAUCCAAAAUCUGGAGUGUGCAUGUGAGGAAAGGUGAAGGUGCUUGUCAACAAUAGGGGUAAUUUGACCGUAAAGAAUGAACUGCAAUUCCACCACAAAAUUUGCUACUUUGCUCCUAAAUACUGCUGUUUUGAAGGAUGAAAACCCAUUGAAAUUAUUCCAACAAAGAGCACAGGGGUAUUGUAAGGGAUUGCCUGAGGUGUUUUCAGUUGUUUUCUCUCAAGUGCAGAAUGUUCAGUCUACACCAUUUACUGCACGAGAACAAGGUGACAAUCUUGGUAUUUAAACUCGACCUCCUUCGAGUGGUAUUUUGCCAGACCAGACAUUUAACUGUAACCUUCUGCCAUUCUGUGUUUUUAUAACCUAAAAGCCUCUUGCUGAUUCUCCUGGGAAAGUCAAAAAGAGUGCCUAGGCUACUGUGUUCACUGAACUACAACGAAAAUUUGGCUGUGAAAAUCUAUGGUCUGAGACAAUACAAAUUACAUUAUAGAUCCUCACACAAUCGAUAACAAGCUACAUGGAGAAAAAGUAACUAAUACCACACCAUUUAACUCUUCCACUUUAAUUAAAGGGUUUAUUUGAUGUAAUUGACAAAACGGCUACACUCCAGAGUGUUUAAGUGAACAAAUUUAUUUUUACUGUAGUUCC